AUGGGCGAGAAAUAUAAACUAUCGUCAUUAGGAAGCGAUGAUAAGGUUCGAAGUGUUGCAUUUACCAAUGAAUCUGAGAUAACUAUUGGAAGCGGCCUUGACGCCGAUGUGAGGCUACAGCAGCCGUCGGUUGAGGAAAGGCAUGUGGUUGUGUACUUUGACCAGAUGAAGAUCCGAGUGUUUGGAGGCAAUGUGUUUCUGAACGAGGAGGCACUUGAGAAGGAGGCGAUGUAUGGGUUCCAGUUUGGGGAAGUGCUGAGGAUAAACAAGUACAGGUUUGUGUUUUCUCUGACCGAACCUGGAGACUUUGUUGAUGAGGACAAGAUUAUUAGAAGGCCGACGAUGGAGUUGAGCUAUCUGAACCAGGAAGGGGAGGGGAAGGAUGCGGCUGGAUGCAGGAAGAAGAUAAAGAUUUCGGAUAGAGGGGAGGAGAGGAGUGAUGCGGUUGUUUCGAUUGCAUUGAACAAGGUUACUGGGGUGAGUGUUUCACUGAGCAAAGAGGAGGCCGAGAAUGUAUGUUCUGUGAAGCAGGUGAUUGAGGAGCAGAAGGAAGCACUUAAGAAGGAGAUCAAGGAGUCGAUUGAGAUGUCUGUGGUUGACACGCCUGUCCUCCCGUCUCUGGGCCGGAAGAAUUCUCGGGAUCUUGGGGAGGUGAUGAUAAAGAAGGAGAUUCUCGACAGCGCUGAGAAGGUUGUUGAGGAGAAGAUGAGGGAGGAGCAUGAGGCAAUAGAUGAGAGCCUUGAUGAGCUGAAGCAGAAUGUCAAGGACAACAUCAAGGAGGAGCUGAAGGAGGAUCUGAAGAGAGAUUUUAUGGAGGAUGUGAAAGAAGACAUCAGGGAUGAGGUCAAGGAGGUCUUGCUAUCGAGCGACAUGAAGAACGCCAUUGCCACCGAUGUGAUAAGCCGGAUUGAGGGGGAGAAGCCUGAUCCUGAGGAAGAGAAGGAGAAAGACGAUAAAGUAAAAGAAGAGGAGGAGCCGAAGGAGAACGAAGGAGCAGAUGAGAAGUCCGGAGGGCGAAGAAGAAGAUCGAGUGCAAUGAAGCUUCUACCGCAGGAUGAUGGAGAGGCGAGUGGAGUAAAGGCGCCUAGGAAGGCCUCUAUUAGAGGUAAGAAGCGUGCACCGGCUGGGGAGACAAGCAAAAGAAGAAAAGGAGGGAAGAAGAGUGAGGAGAAAGCAAAGGAUGGAGAGUCGAGGAAAGGCAGUAAGGAUGAAGAAUAA